UGGUCCUGAAAACAGACGAGCCACAGGCGGAAUCCCGGGAGAGGCAACUCAGCCAACAACAAGUGACGACACUUAACAUUAGACAGCAACAACAACUCACGCACACAACAGCGCGCUCACGGUGCAGAGAGCGAGCUCGGUGCAGGACUUCCAGCGGGACUCCAGCGGCUUCUGGCUCUGACGUGACGAGGAGGAGAAGCUGGGAGAUUCCCGCCGCUGCCGGUGAUCUGCAAAAACUUCUGACCCUGCCCCCCUGCUACUCACAGCAGGUCCCUGCUCUGAGUGGCCAUGACUGGGCACCACCAUGCCUCAAGUGUCCUUACCCUCCUGGUUCUCCUGACAGGGGCUUCCCUCUUCCAUCUGUCCACCCCCGGUCCUGUCAACACCCCUGUAGGUGUCAGCGGUCCACACACGCUGUCAGGAGACGAGGAAAGAUGGGAUGAGGAGAGACAGUCACUACAGAAAGAAGAGACAGAGGAGGAGCUCUUCAAAGAUGUGGACCCCAAAACCCUGGCAGCGGUUUUACUGGAGGCUCUGAAUCGUUCACAAGUAGAGAGAAGGAAGGAGGGAGGAGAACACGAGGGGAUGGAGGAGGAGACCAAGGCUGAGAGAGAAGUGAGAACGAUGGACGGAGCAGACCGAGACAGAGAUGGACGACAGAAGUUAGAGCUGCUGAUGGCCACACAGGGCAAGGAGCAGGAAAGAGAGGAGGAGGAGGAGAGGAAGAGAGCUCAGGAGGAAGAGGAGAAGAUGACAGAGAAGGUGACCAGUCGUACCACGAGCCAGACAGUCCAGGUCCAAACAGAGCAGCGGCCCUCUGGUCCAGAUGGACGGGGGGAGAGCGGGAAGGUUUCCCCUCAGCAGCAACCAACCAGCACUGAGCAAGGCAGCAACGAGGAGGAGGAGCAGCUCAGUCCAGAGGAGCUGAAGAGCCUCGAGACCAUGAUGAAGGAGUUCCCUCGUUUGGACACAGCCACCAAGAGGAAGGGAGAAUCGGAGCAGAACCAGAGAGAGAGCAGAGGCUACAGCAGCCACAACGACAUCAUACCAAUCAACAAGGGCAGCAACCUCGCCAUGUCCAAGAAGAAGCUGAAAUGGCAGGAAGAGACGCAGAAAGGCCUCAACUUCCCGACAUUCAGGGGAGGCAACUUCAUGGAUGACUUUGACGACAGUAACUAUGGUAACGCAGUACAGUCCCCGCCUCCAGCAGAGCAGGAGGUGAUGGAGGAAGAUGAACCAGAGGACGAGGAGGAGAAGGAGGAGGAUGAAGAGUUGUUGAGUCCAGAGGAGGAGGAGGCUCGGGCCAAAGCGGAGCAGGAGGAGAUGAGGAGGCAGGCGGCCGAGGCGCAGAGAGCCAAGAUGGAGGAGGAGAAGUUGGCCGACAUCGCCUCGGACAUGCUGCUGCGCUACAUGGUCAAACAGAACGGGAACAGGAAGUACAGCUCUUCUCUGUCCAACGCCGCAGAGGACAAGAGGUCCGACGAGGAUCAGGAAGUGAUGGAGGAGGACGACAUUGAUCCUCAGACCAUUGACAAGCUGAUCGAGAUCUCCAGCAAGCUCCACCUCCCCGCCGACGACGUGGUGGACAUCAUCAGCGACGUGGAGAAGAAGAAGAAGAAAGACGUUCCGCCCGAGCUCAUGUCGCGUUGGCAGCAACCUCUGACUCCUCUGUCCUCUUCCUUCUCGUCCACCAAUGGUUUCACAGCACCGCAGGUUUCAACCAAUCAGAAUAACUUCCCUGUCUCGAAGCAACCCUCUCCGCCUGUCGGUCUGCACAAACCCUGGUUCCUGGAGAAAACACCAAAGUCACAGGAUCUGUGGAGCAGACCAAGCCCUCUGCUGGCCAAUGCAAACCUCUGGGCCAAACCUCAGAAGCCUCUGUCAAUCAAACAGGACCUCUGGCUCAAAUCACCCAAGUCUGUUUGGACUGGCUACCCCUCUUACCCCUACGUCUACCCCUUCUACUACCAGAGGAAGCCCUACCCAGACUACUACCCCAUCUAUUUUUCACCUCCCCCCAGACCCAGACCCCGUUACUACAUCCCCAAACCGGCUCUCACCCUCAACAACUUCCUGGGAAACUCUGUGGAUGACGCCCACACUUUCCCUCCCAAACACCGUUACCACAGCUGGGUCCAACCCCGGCUCAGAAAACCCCCCCUCCAGCAGAAGCCUUACUACACCAGCUACCCCCUCCCUCUGUACCCCCGGACAUUUCAGCCGCUCCCCGUUCCCAAAGCACGCCCCCCUCCCCGGAUGCCUGUAAUCUCUCCCGAGCAGCAGCAGAUGUAUUACUCAGGCCCGAGAGAUGAAGAGUAUUAUGCGGCGGGAAAACAGUCAGACAGCAGCAGACGUGACGAGCUGCAGAAAUACAUUCAACAGAUACUGAUGAAGAGACCGCAGAUGAAGGACUGAAGGAGGGAUGAAGGGAGAUAGAGAGAGAGAGAGAGAGAGAGAGAGAGUGAGAGGAGGGAGAUGGAAAUAAGGAGAGAUGACCAGAGGGCUUUUCUUUUUCAUUUUGAUUUGCUGGUGUUUGGUUUUCGUUUUUUUCAUAUGUUACAAGUUUCUUUCUAACAUUCUGAUUGGUUGUUGUCUGGACGAGGACGUUACAGAGGACCUUUUCUUCCAGAGGUGAUCUGGAUAAAAUAGAACUACACCCCUCCUCUGUGAGGGAGGGGCAAGAGGAUGGACGUGGUCUGGACUUCUCAUCCCAACCCCCGGCAUGAAGACGUUCUCCGUUUGGACAUUAUACAAUGCCAGCAAAGGAGGAUGCUUCAUUCUGCUGCACCUUUAACAAAUCAGUCGGACCAAUCACAGAGAGAGAUGGAUGAUGAUGAUGAUGAUGAUGAUGAUGAUGAUGAUGGUGGUGGAGUUUUACUAUGUAGACACAAGAACAUUUGUGGUAUUAUCUCAGGCAGGAAAAAAAAAAUCAUAAACAUCAUUUAUCAGAAAUGAUUUCUGCUACACUGACAAAGGUAUGUGGACACCAAACAUUCAGUCAUGUGAUAAAAGAGCCAAUAAAACAGAUUCUCAUUAAUGUGCUGCUGUAACAGUCUCCUCUGGUUUGAGCCUUUCAUCCAGAUGUUGAACCAGUUCCAGACACAUCAGUGCAGUCCAACACCAAUCCUGGGUCAGUGUCACGUGAUCCAGAUCAUCCAUGAGUCGUUGACCAGUCAGGUUCUCCCACAACAAACUGGGAAACUGAGUCGGAAAAGGAGUCAUGAUGAAACAGGAAAUGACCAAACACGAUCUGCUUCUUUAAUAUCUAAAAUAUCACUGUAAGGUUUCCCUUCAGCACAGGGUGUCCACAUCCUUUUGACCAUGUAGUGUCACCUCUCAGAGAUAAAGAUGUGUGAGUGGCCUAAUGUCCGAGUCACUCCUGCACUCAUCUGAAUGUAUCUGAAUGUGUCAUGUUGUGUUUUUUGUAUAGAAAUCCCCCCCACACACACACACACACACACACAUACUCACACACUCACCUCCUGAUCAUGAAGUAUAACAGCACAUUUCAUCCACAGGGCUGUGGAGCCACACUCACACCACUAUAAUGGCUUUGAUGACUCAUCCUUUUGCAUAACUUCAAUUACCUUGUUGCUAUGGUGCCAAACCCUGGUCAGACUCUAUACGGCAUCUUUUACAGCUGACACCUACAGAGGAGGCUGCAGUGGUGGAGGCUUACUGUUCUUUACUACACAACAAGAGAACGAACACACAAUGUGCCGGCGCAGCUCUGGAAGACUUCCCCGCCCUGUCUGCUCCUACAACACAGAUUCAUUUAUUUAAAGAAAACAGCUUCUCACUGUAGUUUUUAGUAAAUGUUACCAACAGAGAAGGAAAGUCUUCACACUAACUGUACGACAUGUCAUACGACAAUCACCAACGUUAUCUUCCUCCUAUAGAGAUACCCUCCACGGUUCAGCUGCAGCUGCUCAGUGAGGAGCAGUUAAUGUCAUUUUAAUAUUCAUCCUCAUCAUCAUCAUCAUCAUGAAGACUAUUCUGACUUUUUCUCUUCUUCUCUAGAUGUUUUAGGGAAGAGAUUUCUCUCUCAAACAUAACAAAGGGAUUUUCCACUGCUGGGAUUGGAUGACAUACAUCACCUGGCUACAGAUAAUCAGUCAUCAACAAACACCGUUUCUCAGGAGCAAGUGUCGCUCCCUGUUUGUAGGUGUUGUUGACCUUUGUGGCCGUCUGUUGCUAAGGGACGAGCUAACCUCGGCAUCUGUGUCGCCGACAGAUCCGAGUCACGGCAUCGACAAUCUCACGCUGAAGAAGUCAAACAGAGCGGGAAGUGAAAAACAAAGGUCUCUGUCAUCUUUUUCAUUUGUUGUUUUAUUUUUUUAUGAAGUUGAAAAGUCACAGAGUGAGAGAGAGAAGGAGGGGUGAGGUACGGCGUCUGCACGUUUCUCUAUACCUGCAUUUAAAAACUGCUCCUUUUUGUACAAGCAUCAAUUAAAAAAAGCAUAAAAAAAUCUUAAAGUGACAGAAACGAUGACAUUAGUGAACCUGAGCAUCAUUGUUGGAGUCGUGUGUCCAUGGUCUUUCUAGAUGUACCUUGUUAUAACCGUCGUAAUAAACAUGUGUUUGCUGGAUGUAAAUAUGCGCAUGUCAAUGACUACUUUUGCUACAUACAAAGAAACAAAUAAAGUCGACUAUUUUAUUACAAAAGUG